GUGGCCUCUCUACGCCUUCGUACCCUCUGAUUGACGCUCCAGAGAAAUGAAUGUUAACCUAGUAAAUAGAAAUUUUCAAAAUCAUUGUAUAUUUUACAAAGUCUUCAAAACUGUGUUGAAUCAAAAUUUGAAUACAUGUCGAUGUUUAGCUGUGCCAGUUGAAGAACCCAGACGUUAUUUUUGUCCUAGUACUAGGACGAAGUUCGUAAACAGUUUUGCUGCUAGGCUAAAGAGAUGCUAUUCAACAGACAAACCUGCUCCACCGUCCAACAAAUUACCUCCUCUUUCUCCAGAUUUUCGAAUAGUGUGGCCUUCCUUAAUCAAAUCAAUAAAAAAUUUCAUACUUACAACCUUCAUUAUAAAACCAUAUUUAGACAGAGAUUUCAAUUUGUCUGAUUUUGUAUCUGGAUCCAAAAGAGCAGUAGAGGUAGUAUCCAAUAAAUUGUCACAAGGUGAUUAUGGGUCUUUGGAAGGUUUAGUCACAAAGGAUAUAAUUCCCACUCUUCAAAAAACAAUCUCUUUGAUGUCACUUGGUCAAAGAGAACAAUUAGCAAUAAAUGUAGAGGACAUUUAUUUUUCCUUCCCAUACCAAGUUGGAAUUAUAUUUGAUGAUGAGGAAAACAAGGAUCAGAAAAGAUUUGUGGAGAUAACAAUGGUUUACCAUUCUCUAAAAGGUCUGUCUACUAUGAGAUCUAGAGGUGAUGACCCCCCUUUGAAUAUGGGCAUGAUGCCAGAAUACCAAAAAAAUAUUUCUAUAUCAAAUUAUAGAUUUAUCAGAGAAUUCACCAAAGGAGUGGAAGGUGAUUGGACAGUCAACCUUAUGAAUCAUUUCAGACCUAUUGAUGAAGAAACUCAAGAAUAAGAAGUGCUUUGAGUUCAAUAUUUUCAAUACACAUUUUGAGAGUAAUUAUAGAUAAAGCAAGAGAUAAAGGCAAUCAUCUGAAUUCUGUUG